CCGCGAGUCUGGCCACAGCUCUGAAAAACUUGUUGUUGUCGGGCAAAAUGGCGUCAAACGUAGAGGCCCCGGAGCGCUGGUACCUCGCCCUUCUCGGUUUUGCUGAACAUUUCCGAACGUCUAGUCCGCCCAAAAUUCGGCUUUGUGUACACUGUUUACAGGCAGUGUUUCAGUUUAAGCCUCCACAGAGGAUUGAGGCCCGGACUCACCUCCAGCUCGGCUCGGUUCUCUACCACCACACGAAGAACAGCGAGCUCGCCCGCAGCCACCUGGAGAAAGCGUGGUACAUAUCCCAGCAACUCCCUCAAUUUGAAGAUGUUAAAUUUGAAGCUGCCAGCAUUUUGUCUGAACUCUUCUGCCAGCAGAAUUUGGUUGAUUCUGCAAAACCUCUUCUUCGAAAGGCCAUUCAAAUUUCUCAGCAGACACCAUACUGGCACUGCAGGUUGUUGUUCCAGUUGGCUCAACUUCAUACACUGGAGAAAGACUUGGUUUCAGCUUGUGACCUGCUGGGGGUUGGGGCAGAGUAUGCCCGCGUGGUGGGGUCAGAAUAUACCAGGGCAUUGUUUCUGCUUAGUAAAGGAAUGUUGCUGCUAAUGGAGAGGAAGCUUGCAGAAGUGCACCCUCUCCUGACACUUUGUGGGAAUAUUGUUGAAAAUUGGCAGGGUAAUCCUAUUCAGAAGGAGUCUUUGAGAGUCUUCUUCCUGGUCCUGCAAGUUACACACUACCUAGACGCUGGACAGGUCAAGAGUGUGAAGCCAUGUUUAAAGCAGCUCCAGCAGUGUAUUCAGACCAUCUCCACGCUCCAUGAUGAUGAGAUUCUGCCCAGUAACCCAGCUGACCUCUUUCACUGGCUGCCCAAGGAGCACAUGUGUGUCCUUGUGUACUUGGUGACAGUUAUGCACUCCAUGCAAGCAGGCUAUCUGGAAAAAGCCCAGAAAUAUACAGACAAAGCUCUCAUGCAACUGGAGAAACUAAAAAUGUUGGACUGCAGCCCUAUCCUCUCCACUUUCCAAGUUAUUCUUCUGGAGCACAUUAUCAUGUGUCGACUCGUCACAGGCCACAAAGCCACUGCAUUACAGGAGAUUUCACAGGUGUGCCAGCUCUGCCAACAGUCCCCAAGAUUAUUUACAAAUCAUGCUGCUCAGCUUCAUACACUUUUAGGCCUGUAUUGUAUCUCGGUGAACUGCAUGGAUAACGCUGAGGCACAGUUUACCACAGCAUUGCGGCUCACCACACAUCAGGAACUUUGGACGUACAUUGUAACAAACUUGGCAAGUGUCUACAUAAGGGAAGGAAACAGACAUCAGGAGUUGUACAGUCUGCUGGAGAGAAUAAACCCGGACCACAACUUUCCUGUCAGCUCUCACUGCCUCCGUGCAGCAGCCUUCUACAUCAGGGGAUUGCUGUCUUUCUUUCAGGGACGCUACAAUGAGGCCAAGCGUUUCCUCAGAGAGACUUUGAAAAUGUCCAAUGCUGAGGAUCUUAAUAGACUAACUGCCUGCUCCCUGGUUUUGCUGGGUCACAUCUUCUAUGUGCUUGGCAACCACAGAGAAAGUAACAACAUGGUGGUUCCUGCAAUGCAACUGGCCAGCAAGAUUCCUGACAUGUCGGUUCAACUGUGGUCAUCAGCACUUUUGAAAGACUUGAAUAAAGCUCUUGGGAACACGAUGGAUGCCCAUGAAGCAGCGCAGAUGCACCAGAACUUCUCUCAGCAACUCCUGCAGGAUCACAUCGCGGCCUGUAGCCUUCCUGAGCAUAACCUUAUCAGUUGGACCGAUGGCCCUCCUCCUGUCCAAAUCCAAGCCCAGAAUGGCCCCACUACCAGCCUGGCAAGCCUACUAUGAGAACUUUAGUAUUCCAUUGAAUUCCAUGAACUGCUACGUGGCUCAUCAAGGACCCAUGCUUUUUAUUUUUGAAGUUGCUUUUAGUUUUACUACAAUGGAUCUACGUGUGUUUUGGCUCGCUGGCGUCAUGGGGUACAAUUGCUGCCCAAGAAAUUUGUGCACAGUAGAGUGGUGAGAUCUUGAAACGUUCCUCUGAAUUAAAAUCCUGGAGAAAACGUUUAUCAUACAUUUUAUAAAGGGGGCUUUGGUUGUGGCAGCAAUGAAAUGUAGGAGAAAUUAAUUUAUUCAUGUUUGUAUUUUUGUAACUGUUGGUAAAUAUUUUAUGUCUUGCCUUUUUGUAGAUACUUGUUUUCCAUGCAUGAAAGUUACUGAUUUGGGCUAUGCUUUCACCCCUUUAUUUUUGCAAAGGUUGACAUUUCCAAAUAUAGAGACCUCAUAAAUUUGAAAUUGAAGAUUAGUUCAAUUGGUCCUUUCUGCAUGUGGUAAAAUGGACAAGUAUGCACAACAGAGGGAUAUUUUCAGUAUCCACAGUUCUUGUAAGGACCAGAAGAUGUCGCUGUUUGCUCUGUUAAUAAGCAGAUAAAACCCGUUGGUGACUUAGGAGGUGCCACUCACCCUUUUUAACAUAUUAAAUGUUAUUUUUAAGUUCUGUAAUAUAUAAAUUUCUUGCAAAAGUAUUGAAACUUUUACAUCAUGCUUAAACUUUUUGAUCUGAAGUUUCUUUUUGUCAUAUAUCCAGAAAAUGGGUUUAUUUUUGUUAUUUUAAUUUGCCAGAGUAGUUAUACUAAAUGGGGUUUCUUUACAGUAUGUUUGUAUAGUUUUGCCACUCAUUGACCCUAUUGUACAGUAACAUUUUAUAAGUCAAUUUAGGAAAAUGUGGUAUGUAUUUUAGCUAUUCUUUGUAGAAAUCUUACUGCUUGGUAUUUAAAUUACUAGCCAUAUUCUAUCCAACACCUAUUUUAAAGCCUACUUUGUUCUCAAGAAUUUUCCAAUAAAAUGAUGACAGUUUAAA